UCUUGAUAGGAAAAGAGUGAGCUCCCUGCACAAUCCAAAUGGAAACCUCCAAAGUAUUUCUCUUCUUUCUUCUUCUUCUUUCUACCUUCCAAGUCCUUUUUGUAUCUUGUACCAAAUUUGAAGUUGGAGGCAAGAGUGGAUGGGAGGUCCCGAAAUCGAAGAGCCAACAAAUGUACAACGAAUGGGCGUCGAAAAACCGGUUCAAGGUCGACGACACUCUAUCUUUCAAUUACACGAAGGACUCGGUGGUGGUGGUGACCAAGGACGAGUACGAAAAAUGCCACUCUGCUCAUCCCAUCUUCUUCUCCAACAAUGGUGCAACUACGUUCACACUGGACCGGCCCGGUUUGUUCUACUUCAUCAGCGGAGUUGCCGGGCACUGCGAGAGAGGGCAGAAGAUGAUCAUCAAGGUCUUGGAACCGGCAAGCCCGCCUAAGUCUGCUGAUCAGAACUCGACGGACCCGUCGCAGACGAAGCAUGGUUCGGGUGCAAUGGCCGCCAUCUCCUCCGCAACAACUCUUGUGUUCUGCUUUGUGUCAUUUGUUGUGGUCUUUUUCUUCUAGUUGCAGUGAUAUGUGAUGGUUUUUAAUGUUCUGUGUUUUUCCGUACCCCUAGUCUGAUUUGCGUCUUGAGAAGAGAUUAUCCCGAUCUAUUCCACUAAGACCACCGGAUCAAGUGAUCCGGGCAUUUGAAAUUUAAUCAAACGGUCAAAAAUUAUUAUAGCUUUUAACGAGUCAAAACAAAUGAACCGUUGGAUGAAAUUUCAAAAGCCCGAAUCACUUGACCUAAUGACCUUGGUGGAAGAGAUCCGGAGCAUUGGGUCUUUUGAGAUUUAAAGAGUGUAGACUGAAACUAAUUUGGAUUAUGAAUUUCAAUUUCUUUAA